AUGACUCCGCCAAGACGGCCGAAACCAUCCACUACAAAGAUGACUAAAUUAAAAUUAUUGUACCGUCGGCGAACAAAUGUCUUGGGAUCAGCCGAAUUGAUUAAAACAUUCGACGAGCAAUUUGAUCUCACUCAAGGUGAUCAACUACCGGUUAGAAUCCAACGUUUGGAUGACUUGUGGCGCGAUUUUGAAUUGAUCCAAGAUGAAAUCGAGGUUUUGGAAGACGCUGAGGAUCAAUUUUCGGAUGAACGUAAAAUUGAUGAUUGGGUAUCUUUCCGCGAUCUUUUUGUGUCACUGAUUCAUAAUAAUCAGCAACUUGGGGCAGUACAAAAGCUGCAUUAUUUACGAGCGACGCUUUCCGGAGAAGCUGCUGGAAUUUUGUCAUCACUCGAACUAUCAGCCAACAACUAUAACGUUGCUUGGAAGAUGUUACGAGAACGGUACGAAAAUAAAAGUUUUCUGAUUAAGCGACACAUGUCGGGAUUGUUAGCACUGUCUUCGUUGAAAAGAGAAUCGUCAUCAGGAUUGUCUGAGUUGGCUGACGAAUUUGAUCGUCAUGUUCAACUACUGGACAAGCUCGAAAAUGCGGAAGACCACUGGAAUUCGUUCCUGGUGGAACGACUGAGUAGUUGCCUGGAUCCCAUUACACUGCGGGAGUGGGAAACUCAAAUAUCGGAAAUAGACAAACCUACAUACAAACAACUCCUUGAUUUUGUACACAAAAGAUUGCGAAUUAUACAAACCCUAACAAUCUCUCACCAUGGCAAUCCACAUUCGGAAUCAAAACAUAAACCUCGUCUCGCCAUAGCCCAUGUUGCUUCAGAGAACAUUACAAGGUGUCCUAGUUGCAAGCAAGCACAUUUAUUAUUCCAGUGCGACCAGUUUCGUACGCUAAUACCACAACAACGGUUCGAAUUUGUAAAGAAGCAUGGGCUAUGUAUCAACUGUCUCAAACCCUCUCACCUUGCAAAGGAUUGCUCCAGCGGAUCCUGUAAAAGCUGUUCCAAGAAACAUCAUACUUUGUUGCAUUUACCACCUGUGCAACCAUUCACAAGGAAAACUCAGACAUCUUCCUUAUCCUGCCAAUCCGCUGAAGCAUCUUGCUCGCAAGUCGAUAAAUCGUCGGUCUCGAAUGCCAGUUCGGUUAGGCACACGGUAGCCUCACCACUCGUCGCCUCGUCGCAAAAUUCGGACGCAUUUUCUGUCGAUAUCGCUCCCUCGUCGUCGUCGGUUGACAGAUCGUUCGUUAACGUAAACAAUCACCAUCCAUACACCUCCUGUCAAAGUGCUCAAGUGAAAACGACUUUUCGUAAUAAUCUAGUGAUCUUAUCAACUGCAAUUAUAAAAGUGAGAGAUGCGGAUAACAAUUUCCAGUUUGCCAGGGCGCUUCUCGAUAGUGGUUCUCAACCUAGUUUCAUCACCGAAGCGCUGUGUCAGAAACUUCGUCUAAAACGUUCCAAAUUAAACUCGCCUGUCAGUGGAAUCGGAAAAUCCACCGUAACCGUUCAUCAUGGUGUCGCACUAUCUCUCUCGUCUCGUUUUGGCAACAACAACUACAACCUCAAUUGCUUAGUGCUCCCCAAGCUCACAGUAUCGCUUCCCAGUCAUCACAUCGAUGUCUCACGAUGGAAGAUUCCUCUACACCUCCCACUAGCGGAUCCACAGUUCAACAUCAGUCAAGGGAUUGAUGUCAUCAUCGGAGCCGAGUUGUUUUUCAAUUUGCUAGAAAAUCAGCAAGUCUCGUUAUCUAAUGGUUACCCACUUCUUCAGAAAACCACUCUGGGAUACAUUAUCUGCGGAAAGGUUAUGGAGCCAAUCCUCGAACCAGUUGCAACACAAAGCAGCCAUGUCUGCUCGGAAGACCUGCUCGAUUCUCGACUCGAGCGAUUCUGGGAGAUUGAAAAUUUUGAUGAUGGAAAAGCGUAUACAUCUGAUGAACAAGUUUGUGAGGAGCAUUUCAAGAAGACCGUCUUUCGUGGUUCUGACGGACGUUACACAGUUCGUCUACCGUUCCGGCAAGAAAUGUUGAGCCUGAUUGGAGAUUCGUACACUCCCGCUUUGCGUCGAUUCCUGUCAAUGGAGAAGAAGUUUGCUGAAAAUGAAGAUCUUCGCCAGGAAUAUUGCAGAUUCAUGGACGAGUAUAGCAGGCUAGGUCAUAUGGAGGUGAUUUCGCGCGCGUCGUGUAGCCCACAGUAUUUCUUACCCCACCACGCCAUACACCGUCCAGAAAGUUCAACUACAAAGAUAAGAGUUGUAUUCGAUGGCUCAAGUAGAGGUUCGACACAGUUAUCGCUCAACGACAUUCUGUUUCCUGGUCCAACCGUUCAACCUACAUUGUACUCUACGGUCAUAAACUUUCGGUUACCUCGUUACGCAAUUACUGCUGAUGUUGAGAAAAUGUUCAGGCAGAUUUGGAUCCAUCCGCAGGACCGUUGCUACCAGCAAAUACUUUGGAGAAAGGAUUCAUCGGAACCAAUCCGUACCUACCAACUGAAAACUGUUACUUAUGGUCUCGCCAGUUCACCGUAUCAUGCUACACGAAUUUUAAAUCAGUUGGCCAAUGAUGAGGCAGAACAUUUUCCAUUGGCGGUCCCUAUCAUACAAAAGGGGACAUACAUGGACGACGUGCUAUCUGGACAUGAUGAUCUACAGCUGCUCAGAAGAACGUGUGAGCAAUUACAGAAGAUGCUAAGCUCAGCCGGAUUUGUACUCAGGAAAUGGGCUUCUAACGAACCACCCGUACUCGCUAGUAUACCACCGGAAUUGUGGGAAGUUUCUGCAGAGUUGGAAAUUGACCGUUCAGAGGCUGUGAAAACGCUGGGUCUAUUAUGGUUCCCUCAGUCGGAUACAUUCAACUUCAAAAUCCCUUCAAUGUCAGACCAGAGUCUAGUUACGAAAAGAAUCGUUGUUUCCGAAAUGUCCAGUCUUUUCGAUCCCUUAGGCCUUUUGGGUCCCGUAGUAGCAAACGCAAAAAUGUUCGUGCCAAGGCUUUGGGCAGAAAGUUUAUCGUGGGAUGAGCCACUUUCGGAAAACCACAGUGCUUGGUGGAAAAUCUACCGUUCUGACAUACCAAGUCUACGUUCAAUUGAAAUACCACGAAGAGUAUUAUUUACCACAAGAAGAGAAUAUCGUUUGCAUUGUUUUUGUGACGCUUCCAAGCGAGGAUAUGGAUGCUGCAUCUACGUCGUUUCACCAGAUGAUAGCGGAAAACUACACUCACAACUACUAACUUCAAAGGCUCGUAUCGCUCCGCUUCGAGGACAGACGAUACCAAGGUUAGAGCUUUGCGCAGCUCUAUUGGGAAGUCAGCUGAUGGACCAUCUUCGUAGAACCACUGAAUAUUCGAACCCUGUUACUUUUUGGACAGACUCGACAAUCGUACUGCACUGGAUUAAGUCGCAGUCCAACGUCUGGAAGGUAUUCGUUUCAAACAGAGUUGCGGAAAUACAGCGCCUGACGAAAGGAUCGCCUUGGAGACAUGUGCCCACCGAGGUAAACCCGGCAGACCGGCUCUCUCGAGGAACUCAAGCAAGUCAACUUCUGGGCGAUAUGUUAUGGUGGCAUGGUCCGAAGUACAUUACGGCUCCAGAGGAACAAUGGCCUCAAAGCGUCAUAGUACAACCAAUCCAACAGAUGAUAGACGAGGAAGCCCGUGUCGUUGUUUCGCUUCAUGUCAAUCAGGCGGAUUGCUCGUUGAUCGACAAGUUUUCUGAUCUAGGGAAACUAAUCAAAACAGUAUCAUUUUGCUACCGUUUUUACAACAAUUGUAAAACACCUAAGAAGGAAAGGAUCCAUGGACCAUUAACCCCUUGCGAAUACCAAUUUGGUCUGAAAGUUCUUGUUCGUCUCGCGCAAGGUGCCGCUUUCCCAUCCGAAUCAUUUAUCUACAGAGAUCGUCGUAACAUACUAGUAGAUCCGAAAGAACUUGAUCCCAAAUCUGCACUAAAAUCUAUAAACUGUUUUGUGGAUGAAGUGGGAGUGUUCAGACUCGAUGGUCGUCUCAAGUAUAAGGAUGCUCAGUAUGAUUCGCGUUGUCCAAUGAUACUACCCGUAAAUCACAAGCUUAGUUGGCUGAUCGCUCGAUCAUUACACAUCCAAACACUGCACUCUGGGCCAACGUUACUACUGGCAACCAUUCGUCAACGAUUCUGGCCGCUUCAUGGGCGUCGUCUUGCUCGCAGGGUAGUACGCAAUUGUAUAACCUGUUAUCGGUGUAAUCCACGUACAGCACAUCAACAAAUGGCUCCACUUCCAUCUAGGCGUGUAACUCCUGCUCGAGCAUUCGCUUACUGCGUGUUGGACUACUUGGUGAAGGCAAUACACCUCGAGGUUGUCGCCGAUCUAACGUCGGUCGCGUGUAUCAACGCCGUCAAGCGUUUCGUAUCUCGUCGAGGUCGUGUGCUCGAAAUACAUUGCGAUAAUGCGACUGCUUUCGUCGGGGCAGAUCGUGAGCUCAAGGCUGCGAAUAAAGCCUUCCGCGAACAGUUUCAAACCAAGGAAUGGCAAAACUAUACAACGGACUAUGGAAUCAAGUUUCGCUUCAUCCCGGCCAGAUCGCCUCACUUCGGUGGGCUUUGGGAGGCAGGAAUUAAAUCGUUCAAAUAUCACUUCCGUCGCAUCAUGGGUUGCAAGGCAUUCACCAUGGACCAGUUCGUAACGGUCGUAACUCAAAUAGAAGCUAUCCUCAAUUCUCGUCCAUUAACUCCGUUAUCGGAUGACCCACAGGAUAUUUCUGCUCUAACGCCAGGACAUUUCUUGAUUGGAGAACCGUUAUUUUCAAUUCAAGAGCCUGAUUUAAUCGAACUGAAUACAAAUCGUUUAUCUCGCUUACAGGAUAUGAAACGAUCCGUUCAAGAUUUGUGGAAGCGCUGGUCUAGGGACUACUUAAGCCAGCUACAACAACGGUCGAAAUGGAAGCAAGCUACAACGGAUGUUCGAGUCGGGCAGUUGGUUUUACUGAAACAAGAAAAUAUGCCUCCGCUUCAGUGGCCGCUCGGGCGGAUUAUACAAACAGUGCACGGUCCAGAUGAACAUGUCCGUGUAGUAGUGGUGCGAACGGCAACGGGUGUUUAUAAAAGAGCCGUCACGCAAAUUGCUGUGCUUCCUAUCGACAUGGAGGACAUUCAACGAUCCUAG